CUUACGUUCGUUGAACCUGACCACAUCAUUUGCACGCUGAAUUUCCUCGCAGAUGGACGAGCAGCGACAGCAGGAUGACUGGGCAGCCAGUCGCAAGAACAGGCUGCCGUCAUUUACAGAGGUCCUGUCCAGGAGAACGCGGCCUCCAGUCGAUCUGUUCAUGUUCUAUCUUUUUCUCCAGCGCGAGGGCUCGGAAGAUAUUCUAGAUUUCUGGCUCGAUGUUCAGCAGCACGAAAACCUGUGCCGAGCAUACUUCAAGGACGUUCGCAAGUCAGGUCGAACGAUCAAGGAAGACUGGCCACAGUAUUGGGAUUAUGCACGGAGACGUGGGUCCAUUUACGGGACGGUUGUUGGGUUGAAUCCAGAUGGCGUAGGGACGAAGCGCAGCACGGCGAGCACUGGUGACAUGAUAACAGAUCAGGACAAGCAGGAAUUGGCCAACCUCGAUGAGAAGUCCGGUGCUCGUUCAGCGUCACCUCGUCCCACGCCUGUGCUCUCCGACCAGACUCGUAUAAAUUCCACCUCUCCCAAUGAUUUCGCCCGCUCGACGACCCCGUUUUCUCUUUCAGGUCGAACGCCUACCCUGUUCAACAUGAAACGCGCUUCGCGUGCGCCUACCAUCAUCCCUCGUUCUGCUGCCAUCACUCGCCUCGACCUCAUCGCUUCCGCAGAGCGAAUAUACUUUCGUUACCUCUCGCCUGCAGCAAAUACAGUGAAUGCUGCCGAGAACCAUGAAAUCUACUUGCCACCUUCCCUCCGAAUCCAUUCUUUCCCUUUGAGUUCAACUCAAGGGCCUCAGUCUCAAGCAGAGCACAAUCUCAUGGCACAGAUCCCCGACAUGUUCCAUUCCCAGAAAGAGUACUGUUUUCGUGCGAUGGAGCAGGAUGCCUUCCCUCGAUUCCUGCGAUCAAAGGCGUUUGGGAAUCUAACGCCUGUUUCAUCGUUGGUCCGAUUAAUUCUUGGCCUCAUAAUUCUAUGGAUCGGUCUCGCGGUGGCGUUUUCCCUGAUAUUCUUGGACGUGAAGCCAAAGUCGAAGCGCUUUUUCCUAUUCAUACCAUUCACGUUCGCCGUCCUUUUCCUCGUUUCCCAUCAGUAUGAGCUGGAUCCCAUCCUCGUUUUCUUCGGACAAUCUGAAACGACACCCUUCCGCACGCUGACAAUACGGGAAGCGUACGUCAAGAAGCUGCUGCUAGGCCGUGCAAUAUGGGUCACCAUACUCGUUGCCGCAUUUGUUACAGCGUUGACGUUGUUGUUUUGGGCAGUCCCUGGACACCGGCUAUAGCGAUGGUGAUGGCGUACAUACCCCUGCGAUGAAUCUAAUGACUUCUUGACGCUCCUAAUAUUCUCCGAUUUUGCCUGUUUUUAUGUUGUUUCAGUUUUCAGUUUGCAGUUCGCGUUCAAAUACCAGGAUACCCUACCCAAGUACCUAUAUUCCACUGGCCUCACACUCCUUGCAUCAUCACUCGUACUUUUCUUAUCGUUAAUUUCUUUACUCUAUUUAUACUCCUAUUUUUUUGGCCCUGAGCUUGUU